AUGGGACGCAAGGCGAGACACUCGGCGCGCACGGGCGACGGCGGCGCAGAGGUGCGACUGCGCGCCCAGCAGAUGAAAGAGGCGCAGAAGGUGCAGAAAGACGCGGAGCUGAGGUUCUAUGACGAUCCGUCAGCGAAUGAGAGCGACAGCGAGCAGGUGGAGUCGGAGGAGGACGAGCUGGCAGGGGACGAGGUGCUGGAGCUCGGAGAGGAAGACGAGGAAGAUGAGGCCGAAGAGGACGAGGAGGAGGAGGAGGAGAUGAUGGAUGAAGACGGUGUGUAUGAUGCUGAUGCUGAACGCAGGACGGUGAUGCAGAUGGAGGGCAAGUGGGGCCAGUCGCGCAAGACGUUUUACUCGGCAGACACGGCCGAGUAUGAGCUCGAAUCUGAUGAAGAAGUGGCGAAAGAUGAGGAAGAAGCGGCGCUGGAGCUGCAGCGCAAGCAGGUGGAACUGAUGGACGAUGAGGACUUUGGGAUUGAUGCGCCGGAAACAGACGGCGAAGAAGAAGAAGAAGAGGAGGAAGGAGCGAUGACGAUUCAGGAGGUGGUCGUGGACGAUGAGGAGCUGGUGAGCGAGCAGCUGGCUGGUAUUGCGGCGCUAGCUGACAAUGGGGCUGGCGGUGCUGAGACUGUAGAACAGGUGCACAAGGAUUUCUCCAAGAUGUCGAAGCAGGACAAGCUGCAGAUUGUCAAUCAAUCGGCUCCUGAACUACUGGGUCUUAUCUCAGAGUUAGAUUCGACAACGAAAGAGCUGGCAGAAGUGGUGACGCCGGCUGUGCUCAAGCUGCGACCUGUGCGACGGAAACCGCGUCAGCUGCAGAUGGGGCUGCGCUACCUGAUGACUCGCCAGAACUUGUUGCUGAACUACUCGGCGAAUAUCUCGUUCUACUUGCUAUUGCGUGCGGAAGGAAAGAGCGUGUCGGACCAUCCGGUGCUGAUGCAUUUGUUGCUGCUCAAGAAGCAGUUGAACAAACUUCGCACGAUCGAUGAGGUACUGAACGGCCAAUUGCAGGAUUUGCUCACGAAAGAGCUACCGACUGAGCCGCCGUCAGUGGUUGACGACGGUCUCGGCCAGUUUUUUACCAAGUCGGACCGCAAACGCAGUUCCAAUGCCGAGAAAGUAUCAGCGAAGAAGACGACGAAGAAACCGAAGGUGGCGGCGAAGGUUUCCGCGGAAGAGCUGGCCGAAGCGGAGCGUUUCUACGAGGAGGCCGUCCGUGAUCAGACAGCACUCAAGAAGGCUAAGAAGGAGCUUUACACGCACGAAACACCUGCUCUGGCGUCCAGCGAUGAAGAAAGCGGAGAGGCCGGUAAACGUGGCGCGUCGUACCAGAUUAUGAAGAAUAAGGGUCUGAAGGCUCACAAGAGCAAGCUGAACCGCAACCCGCGCGUCAAGAAGCGCAUGCAGUACCGCAAGGCUGUUAUUAGAAGAAAGGGUCAAGUGCGCGACGUGCGUGUGGGCGAGGCUGGCAAGUACGGAGGCGAAACCACGGGCAUCAAGUCGAAUCUUACGCGCAGUCGCAAGAUCCGCAACUAA